AAUCUGAAGUAAACUGGGACCCGUGGACAAGCGCACGGUUUGGGUAUUGCAUAGGCCUUUCCAAACACGUACUGCAUACAGCAUGUCGGGAAAGUCUAAAGUUGGUAAUGAUCAGCAUGCUAAGGCCGAAGUCACAUCUGCCAGGAUCCGGUUUGGUGUUACCCUACAAAGUUUAGUUGACAAAAAAGGUGAUGGAAAUAUAUCAAGUGAUGAAGAUGAUGGAAGUACUCAAGCAGAAAUGCUGCAGAGUGAACCUGCCAUCAUUCUGUCACCUACUAAGCGCAGUACAGCCAAAAUCAGCCGAAAAAGGAAAAGAAAAGAUGAUGAUUCAAUGGAUGGAAGCCAAUAUCAUCAUACCUAUGUGAUGAAGCUGUUUGAUCGCAGUGUAGAUCUGGCUCAGUUUGAUGAGGAAGCUGCACUUUAUCCUGUAUGUAGGGCCUGGCUGAAAAACCAGCCCCACAACAGAUCUCUCGGUACAAGGGAAAGAACACCAACACCUGAGCCAGAACCACCCACAAACAGUGAGGAGGAGGAGGAUAUAUUCCCUGAUGUGUUCAAACUACCAGACCCUAUCAAAGCGGAUCCUGACAUCCAGCAGGAUUAUCGUAUUCCAAUGCCAGUAACCCAGCCUGAAGAGGAACUGGACAUCAAUGCUGACCAAGAUACGGCCCCACCCCCUGAACACUUGUUACUUGGCCACAUGGAGCGAUGGAAAAUGGUGCGACAGUCAUGGCGUGAUGCUGGAUUCAUGAACGAGCUGAGAUUCUCUGACAGUAUGAAUGUUUUAGGCGAGAUGUUUGAUCAACAGAUGAAAGAAUCUCCCUGACAUCAACAGACAAUCUUAAUUCUCUGUAAUGAACUGAACAUAAGAUUCUAUGUAAGAGGAUAUGUUUUGGUAUUGAUUCCUGUAAGACAGCAAUUCAGGAUCAGUAAAAUGUUUAAUGAAAAACAUUUUUGUUAAGACAAGUUUUCUCCCCAAUAUUCAGUGAAUAGUUUCAGGUACCUUUCUGUAACAUAUAUAGGGUACAUCAGGUGUGUGAUUGAUUAUCUUUACAUCAGAGAAUAAACAUCAUUUUGAGAUCAAUUCAGAUAUAUUGACAAAUGGUCUGUAAAAAAUAUUGGAGUCCUUUUGUGGUCAAACAUUAAUUAUAUUAUUAUGAAAUCAUAUUUUGUAAAUAUCAAUCAUUCUAAAUACAUAGUGUGAAAGGCACUAUGGAUUUUAAUUUGUACUAAAAAUAAAGAUUUAGCCUCAUCAUUUAA